AGGUUGAUGAACUACAAAUCCUAAAACAUUGUAAGAAGCUUCUAUGAAAAUUUGCAUAGAGUGGUUAAUUUGAGCUCCUUAAAGUAAAGGAUUGCAUCCUCAGAUUUGCGUUUGAUUAUGAGCUUCAAUAUCUGAACUACUGCAUCUAAUAUCUGGUCUUAUCCUGUCAGCAAUUUUAUCUUUCCAUCAACAAUGAGUUCCACAACACAGCCAGAUGGGGUUUCUGGACGUGAACAGCUCUUGGCUCAGCAAAGAAUGCACAGUAUGAUCAGCUCAGUGGAUGUAAAGUCAGAGGUGCCUGUGGGAUUGGAGCCUAUCACACCAUUAGACUUGCGAACUGAUCUCAGGAUGAUGGUUCCCAUGGUAGACCCAAUUAUGCGUGAAAAGCAGCUACAACAAGAGCUACUUUUGAUCCAGCAGCAGCAGCAAAUUCAGAAACAGUUGCUGAUUGCGGAGUUUCAGAAACAGCAUGAAAAACUGACCCGGCAACACCAGGCUCAGCUCCAGGAGCACAUAAAGUUACAACAGGAACUCCUAGCCAUUAAACAACAACAAGAACUCAUUGAAAAAGAGCAGAAAUUGGAGCAACAGAGACAAGAACAGGAAUUGGAGAGGCAUCGACGGGAACAGCAGCUUCCUCCUCUCAGAGGCAAAGAAAGAGGCCGAGAAAGGGCAGUGGCUAGUACAGAAGUAAAGCAAAAACUUCAAGAGUUCCUUUUGAGUAAAUCAGCAACAAAAGACUCUCCAGCUAAUGGGAAGAAUCAUUCCAUGAGCCGCCACCCCAAGCUCUGGUACACGGCUGCUCACCAUACCUCACUGGAUCAAAGCUCUCCACCCCUGAGUGGGGCCUCUCCACCAUACAAAUACACGUUACUAGGAGCACAGGAUGCCAAGGAUGAUUUUCCACUUCGAAAAACGGCCUCAGAGCCCAACUUGAAGGUGCGUUCCAGAUUAAAACAGAAGGUGACAGAAAGGAGAAGUAGCCCCUUACUGAGGAGGAAGGAUGGAAAUGUUGUCAGCUCAUUCAAGAAGAGACUGUUUGAGGUGACAGAGUCCUCAGUCAGUAGCAGUUCUCCAGGAUCAGGUCCAAGCUCACCAAGCAAUGGCCCUACUGGAAGUGUAAUGGAAAAUGAAACAUCAGUUUUGCCACCUAAUUCUCAAGCUGAGCCUCUGGUUUCACAACAGCACAUUCUGAUUGGUGAGGAAUCGAUGAAUCUGUUGAGCCUGUAUACAUCCCCAUCUUUGCCCAACAUUACCUUGGGACUUCCAGCAGUACAAUCCCAUAUCAGUGCUUCAUCUUCACUCAAAGAAAAACAGAAGUGUGAGACACAGACACUCAGGCAGGGAGUGACUCUGCCUGCACAGUACGGAGGAAGCAUCCCUCCAUCUUCAGCUCAUCCUCAUGUUGCUCUAGAGGGAAAGCCUAACAGCAGCCACCAGGCUCUCCUGCAACAUUUGUUAUUGAAAGAACAAAUGAGACAACAGAAGCUUCUUGUGACUGGAGGGGUUCCUCUCCAUCCACAGUCUCCUUUAGCAACAAAGGAGAGAGUCUCACCCGGUACAAGGGCUGCCCACAAGUUGCCUCGUCAUAGACCACUGAAUCGAACCCAGUCAGCUCCUCUGCCUCAAAGUACAUUGGCCCAGCUGGUCAUUCAGCAGCAGCACCAGCAGUUUUUGGAGAAGCAAAAACAGUACCAGCAGCAGAUCCACAUGAAUAAAAUGCUCUCUAAAUCAAUUGAACAGCUAAAGCAGCCUGGCAGUCAACUAGAAGAAGCUGAAGAGGAGCUUCAUGGAGAUCCUGUAAUGCAGGAAGAAGGAGCUCCCUCUAGUGGUAACAGCAUUAGGGAUGACAGCAGCAGUAUUUGUGUGGAUGACAGAAUAGGACAGCAGGUGGGGGCUGUGAAAGUGAAAGAAGAACCACUGGACAGUGAUGACGAUAUUCAAACCCAGCAAAUGGAAUCUGGGGAGCAAGCUGCUUUUAUGCAACAGGUAAUAGGCAAAGAUUUAGCUCCAGGAUUUGUAAUUAAGGUUAUUAUCUGAAUGUCAUAUAUACAUUUUUAGGCCUUGAUAAGAAAUUUUCUUUCAGUUCACAGAUCUAGCUAAUCUCAUUUUAUCAUUCGAAGAAUCAAAGGUGGAUGUGUUUUUAUGCACACUUAAAACAUAGUCAAACUCAUACUAAGGCCACUGAUUAAAAAAAUACCUGUUGCACUCAAUUAUGCUAUCUGAAUCUUUGCAUAAUAAAUAGGAUUUGUAUUAGCCCUGAACUGUAUUACAUCAGUUAGUUGUAGUGAAAUGAAACUCGUUAUAUUAACUAGUUUGCUGAGAUCAGUGAUUGUUGGAAUCAGUUUCCAGAUCUGAUCAAUGAAACGUUCACUCGGUCUUUCUGUUUCUGAAUUCUUCUGACAUGUCACGACUUUUGCUUUCACAAUUCUGUAUAUAAUGUAUCAUACUGUAGUCUUGAACACUGUUAAGAGUAGGGUAUUUUUCCCCAUUAGACAGGUACUGGCUACAAUACCAGUAGUCCUAGGUUUGUGUACAAAGUAUGAUUUAGAAGAUAAUAGAAAUAUAAGGUGGAUGUAAAGAUGCAAGGCAAGGCAUGGAAUUAUUUAAAAAUCGUUUCCCUUUUGCACUGCUAAGUUUAUUUUUCUUUUUGUCUUAUUUGAUGAUACUAUUGACAAAGAGGUCCUCAAAUGAAGCAGAUGCAAAUAUCGGCACGGAAUGAUAGCCAGCAUUAUGUUCCAAACAGAUACUUGGGUAUAUCUGAAAAUGCAGGGGACAAAAAACCCCAGAACUAUCAUUAUUAUCUGAUAUCCAAUCUCAUGUUUAUUUUUUUAAAUAAAGAUUAAUCUUACAAAAUUAUAUAAUUUUUAUCACUAGGGUUUCAUUGUCAUUCUGAAUAAUGACUAACUGUGUAAGAUGCCAACCUGGCAAAAGGAAAAUCAAAUUACUACAGAGUAUUUUAUAAGUUGCUAAAAAAAUAAAUGCAUUUGUACAGUGCGUACCUUCAGAAAGACGGUGCACUUUGUUGCUGUAAAAUCAGAGUAGCUCUGAAUGCAAAAGAAGGCACUGUUUAUUUAAGUCAAUACUUUGUCAGGUCCCUGCUGUUCUCCUGCAGAAAAGUGAUUCUGUACGGGUGAAACAGGAAAUGCCUUAUGGAAACAGGAAGCCCAAGUGAUUCAUGUACAGAGGAAUGUAAAGGGGGGUGGGGAGUUUGGGGUGGAUAGUGUUCUACUCUCUGUUUUUAAAGGGCAGUCUAUGAAUUGAUUUAUUGUCAAAGAAAAUAACAAAGCGAGUAGGGAAAUUGUUAAGGAAGCUUUCCAGUGAAACAUUUCCUUCAUAUUCCCUUCUGAUAUGUUUACCUUGUUUUAUAGGUUUACUUUUGUUAAACUAGUUAAAGAUUCAUUGUAUUAAGACCCCUUUAAUAUGGAUAAUCCAAAACUGACCUGGAAUCCUUGUCAGUUUUUUUUUUUCUAUUAAAAAUAUUUAUAUUUCUAAAGCUAAGGUAUUUUGAGGUACAGUAUCCUGUUUCAAAAGAGAUAGCUGUUUUGCCAAAUGUAGAAGUUGUUCUAAUAUAUAUUAUUAGCAUGUCAUGUUUACAUUUUGCUUUAAUAUUAUCAGUCUCUUAUAAAAUGUUGCAACUUCUAAAGAUACAUUAUCCUUUUUCUUAAAACAUCUCCAAAUAAUUCAAAUAACUAAAUAGCUGCUAAAACAAGAAAAGGCCUCCUGAAACCUUGCCAUCAGCUUUGAUAACAGAAAUGUGUUUUGCAUAAUAUAUUAAGAAUAGAAAUAAAUCUCUCUCCCUCUUACACAGAAAGAGGAGAUAAAGUAGCAUGUACAUUCAAAAAUAUGAAACAGAAAAAUAUGAAACAGAUAAAGGUAAAAAUGUGUAUUUUUCCAUCAUAUGUUUCAUUGCUUGAAAAGCCUAAUUUUAGUGUUGCCAAAAAGGGAUAGUGCAUCUUUUAAAAUACAUUUUAUUUGGGGAAGAACUUGUAGUUGAGCAGACUUUUGUACAAGAUCAAAGACACAAGUAACGACACACCAUAGGAGAUAUUUUUAUAAUAUUGUUCAGGAGAAAGUUACCCCAGUACAGCCAGUGGACUUUAAUUAUAUUCAAAUUUGAUAGCCUCUGAAUUUAAUCAAGAAACUACCUGGAACCAGUGAAAAGGAAAACUGGGUUUAAACCACCAUAUUUCUAGUUGAUAAUUGUCUCUUAAAUCUACUGUAUUUAUUAUAAUUUACACCCAUGAAGGUGAUCUCCUGUUUUCUGAUGUAAAUAUAUUCUGUUUGUAUGUUCCCUUUUUUGCCUUCUGAUAUAAGUCUAUUCCUUUCUCAAAUAAAGUUUUUUU